UUUUGGCGGCAGCGUUUUGUUCAAACAAGAGCUGCCUUUUUUAAGAGCCGGCUCAGCCAAGAUGCAAGCAUCAUUGGUGAAGUGCGCAUAUCGUGUGUCUUGUGUGUCUUGCAGAAGUUGCAGCAACGGCUUUGCACAAGGUACAAUACUCCCAUCCUGAUCAGCACCACAGGUGCUGCCAAAAGCAAGAAGGACAAGGACAGAAAGAAAGAUGCUCAACCUGCGAUGUCUCAGACUGAGGACAUCCUCAACUCCAUCCUUCCACCGAGAGAGUGGACGCAGGAGGAUCAACUCUGGGUGCAGUACGUGUCCAGCACGCCAGCCACACGUGCGGAUGUAGUCAAUCUUCAAGAAGAUCUAGACAAGUGGCUGCAGCAAAGACAGGCUCGUGAGACUGGCAUAUGUCCCAUCCGUGAGGAGCUCUAUUCGCAAUGCUUUGAUGAGCUGAUUCGACAGGUCACCAUAAUUUGCGCUGAGCGUGGAUUGUUGCUGCUUCGUGUCCGAGACGAAAUCAGGAUGACCAUUUGCGCCUACCAAAGCCUCUACGAGUCUUCGAUUGCCUUUGGCAUGCGCAAGGCACUGCAGGCGGAGCAGCGACGCAACCAACACAACAAGAAGAUGAAGGACCUGCAAGUUGCCAACAAGAAGCUGCGAGAUGAGGUAGAGGAGUUGGAGAACAAGAUUACGCAGAUCGAGAAGCAUGAGGCAGAACGUCGUGAGCAGGAAGAAAGGAAGCACAAAGAAGAGGUUGAGAUUCUGAAGAAGAUGAACGCUCAGCGAAAGGAGCAAUUAGAAGCCAUGCUUCAAGCUCCAAAAAAGUGAGAGAGACUUGGAGGCGAAUCGACACUGUGCAAUGAAACGUGUGAAGUCACAGCAUUUUUGGAUUUAUCGCCUCCAAAAGUGAUUGGGAUACCUUCAUGGGGAAGCC